AUGACCGAAUCCACCACCGUUGACUGGUCAAGCCUGCCCCCGGAACUCCUCCUCACCGUAGCCGCCAACCUCCAAACCCUCGCCGACUACAUCCGCUUCCGCGCUGCCUGCCAGAACUGGCGCGCCGCCGCCCCCCUAAUCCCCCGCUACCUCCCUCGCGAGUUCCCCUGGCUCAUGCUCCCUUUGAUCCGCACCUCCGGUCGGCGCGGCUUCCUCAGCCCCCUGACCAACGAUCUCCACCGCCUCACGCUCCCGGAGGCCUCCCUCGGCCGCCGCCGCGCCGGAUCUUCCUUUGGCUGGCUUGUCCUCAUCGACGAGUCUCCUUCCGUCUUCCUCAUCAACCCGCUCACACGAGACAGAAUUGCUCUUCCUUCGUUGAACUCUUUCCCCAACGUGAUGAGAUUCGAUUUUUACAGUAUAGGGAGGGAAUACACUCUCCGCUCUCCGGAAAACGAUCUAUACUACUGCAAUUUGAAGGAAAUGCGCGACGCUUUCGUUAAGAAGGUAAUUCUUUCUCACAGCCCUUACGGCAAUUCUGAUUUUUUUGCCUUGGCGAUCCUCAAUCGUCAUGAAAACCUAGCUUACUGCAAAAAUGGCGAUCAUUCAUGGAAAAUUAUAGAUGCAGCACGGUCGUACAGCGAGGAUGUGAUUUAUCUUAAUGGUGCAUUUUAUGCUAUCAAUAAAUUCGGGUCGAUUGCAAUCUGUGACCUGAAGGAUGAAGAUUUGCCGGUGGUGAAGUUUAUUACGGUGAGGCAACAAAUUGAUGGUGAUAUGCAGUACUUGGUGGAUGCAAUGGGUGAUCUUUUGUUGGUGUCGAGGUACUUAGAAUUCGAUAUAGAUUUGGAGCAUUACUCGGAAGUUUGCAAGACAUCAAAGUUUCGUGUGUUUAGGUUCGAUUGGAAUUCCCAAAUAUGGGUGAGCACUGCAAGUUUGGAUGAUAAAGUCUUGUUUGUGGGGACAAAUUCAUCACUAGCACUGCUUGCCAGUGACUAUCCUGGGUGUAGAGGGAAUAGUAUUUAUUUUACAGAUGAUUAUUCUGGGAUGAGUUAUGAUAUUAUGGGCGGUGAUCAAGAUGUUGGUGUUUAUAGCUUGUGUGAUGGAACUAUUGAGCAGUUCCCUUGUUAUCCUCGGAAUUCGCAUUGGCCGAUUUGGAUCAUGCCAAGUUUAUGCUAA